AUGGAAGCAGACACAAUAGCGAAUGAUGGGCCGACAGAAGCUCAGAAGUUAAGGGCGGAUCAUACGGCAGGAGCUGCGGUGGAGGAUUCAGGAAACUCGGCUUCAGUACUGGCUCCGGCUCCUGCUCCGCAGGAUUCAGGGAAUACGUUCCGGUUGUUUGAGGAUGUUGCUCAGGCGCAUGAUACGAUGCCGAUUGUGUCGGUCAGUAAGGCAAUGGUACGGUUUACGCUUUACGAGACGCGUACGAGGUUCUAUGUCGUCGGGGCGAAUGCGGAUGAUACUAUCUUCCGUGUCUUGAAGAUUGAUCGGACUGUGGAUGUCGGUGAAUUGAGUUUGACGGAGGAUGAUGCGGUGUAUAACCGACGACAAGUGCUGGCGUUGUUGGGGACAAUUGAAGAUGGGAAUAAGAGUACGGGGUUUACGAAAUUGUUGGUGGCGUGGGGCAUCGUUGGGUUCAUCCGAUUUACGGCGGGGUACUAUAUGAGCCUCAUCACGAAGAGGAGCAUUGUCGCACUGAUCGGUGGUCAUUAUGUCUACCACGUCGAUGAAACUCAAUUACUCCCGAUCAUGGCUGGACCCACCUCGAAGCUCCCCGACCGUAACUCAGAAGAAGGCCGGUACCUGAGUAUCUUCCAGAGCUUGGAUCUGGGGAAGACGUUUUAUUUCAGUUAUACCUACGAUAUCACAAACACGUUACAGAACAACAUCAUCCGCACAAGAGCGGCGGCAGCGGCUGGUCCGCAUACGAAAGUGAAGACACCGAAACCCAUAUUCAAUGAGAUGUUUGUCUGGAAUGACCAUCUCUUGCAAGGUGCUCGGACAUGUUUGAAGGAUACGACGGAUUGGUGCUUACCGAUUAUUCACGGGUUCAUCGAUCAAGCCAAGUUAUCGGUGUUUGGGAGGGCUGUGUAUAUCACCCUCAUCGCCCGCCGCUCGCAUUUCUUCGCUGGAGCGAGAUUCCUGAAGAGAGGCGUGAACGACAAGGGAUAUGUCGCGAACGAGGUCGAGACGGAGCAGAUAGUUAGUGACAUGUUGACCAUGAGCUUCCACUCCGGUAAGGAGGGGAUUUGGGGAAAUCCGCGGUAUACAUCCUACGUCCAGCACCGAGGCUCGAUCCCGUUGAAUUGGAGCCAGGAUGUGACGAACAUGAGCCCGAAACCACCGAUUGAGAUUAAUGUUGUUGAUCCAUUUUAUAGUGCUGCGGCAUUACAUUUUGAUGAUAUGUUUGGGCGGUAUGGGGCGCCGUGUGUUGUGCUGAACCUUGUCAAGGAGAGGGAACGGACGCCGCGUGAGUCGCUGUUAUUGACGGAGUUCACUGCUUGUAUUGAGUAUCUCAACCAGUUCUUGGAGGAGGGGAGGAAAAUACAGUAUAUCGCUUGGGACAUGUCUCGCGCAUCGAAGAGCCGGGAUCAGGAAGUUAUCCUCACCUUGGAACGUAUUGCGGAGCAAGUGCUCGAGGAAACUGGAUUCUUCCACAACGGGGGUUCUCCGACGCCCGCAGCCAGAGCUGCUGGACAGCAUAUCAUGAAGCUUCAGCAUGGUGUGGUGAGGACGAACUGUAUCGAUUGUUUGGACCGGACGAAUGCUGCGCAGUUCAUGAUAGGAAAGAGGGCGUUGGGACAUCAGUUACAUGCACUGGGCAUCAUUGAUGAGCCGUUUGUCGCGUUCGAUACUGAUGCUGUGAAUCUGCUGACGGAGAUGUUCCAUGACCAUGGUGAUACGAUUGCGUUGCAGUAUGGUGGAAGUCAUCUCGUGAACACGGUCGAGGGGUACAGGAAGAUCAAUCAAUGGUCCUCGCAUUCGCGGGAUAUGAUCGAGGCUGUCCGCCGCUUUUACUCGAACUCGUUCGUGGAUGCGACGAGGCAAGAGGCGAUUAACCUCUUCCUUGGCAACUUCCGCGUCAGUAAGGAUAAACCGAAGCUUUGGGAUUUGACGAAUGAUUAUCAUCUGCAUCACCAUGACCCGAGGCUGCCGCGCAAACGGAGGGACUAUCAGAUGUGGUGGACGCCGAACAACUUGAAAGACUGCGAAGGGCCUCCUGCGAUGCCGAAGGUGAAGGGGAGGGUAGAGGAAAAGGUUUUGGCGGAUCAUUGGACGAACGUGUACAAACCCGUCAUAUCCUCUUUCCAGCGUGUCUUUGCAUACAAUGUGAACUCCUCACUCCGGUAUCUUCCUCCGGGCGUCAUGCAGAAGGAAGGUAGGGAAAUGGAUAUCAGUCCGUUCAAGAUUAGGGCGCGGGAAGUUUCUCAACCGAAAGAGAUCGAGAAGCAAAAGGAGAAAGCGAGUAAGGAGAAGAGUUUUUCGCUACAUCGGUGGUUGAUUCAUGCGGAUCCGAGCAUCUCUGCUGUGAUGGAGAAGACGGGAAGUUUCCAUGACAGUGAAAGAUCCAGUGAAAAGGAAAUCAAAGAUGAAGGAAAACAUGAAGGAAAGGUUACCGCCGUUGACAAUAUUGUGCAUGCGUGUUCGCAACCGACGGUGAAUGAGCAGGAGAUGCAAGAGUACGAGAGGUACAUCUCAUAUCCUCAGGCGCAAACAAUCACAGCGGUCAUUGCCACUUCUUCGAACAAACCACAUCCCGAGUUUACGCCGUAUGUCGAUAUGGCUACUGCCAAGGUCGAGUCACACGGUCCCAAGGAGGAGGAUCUGGCAGUGUUUCAGAGGUACCUGGACGUACCGCAGGAAGCAAUGAAGAUGAAGAGCAAUUUGGUGAGUGGCAUUGAUAGCGAGGAGGUGGUAAAGAAGAAGUAUACGGCCUAUCAGAGCUGGCUGAAAGGGAGGGGAAUGACCGUUGGCAAGGCGGCGUCCGCAUCCAAGCUCAAGCGUGAGGCCGAGAAGGCCGCCAAGGCCGCCGCGAAGGGCGAGAAGCCUACCGCGUUGAAGUCCUCCAAGAAGGGCACUGACACACCCAACUCUGUCGCUUCCGGUAUCGAUGGUAUGUCCAUCGAGGACGAUAACUCCAACUUCGACAGAUCCGCUGUUGGUGUCUUGACUUCCGACCAGCGUUCCCGCGAUAUUAAGAUCGAGCAGUACUCGCUUUCUUUCCACGGACGUGUUUUGAUUGAGAACGCCACUAUUGAGCUCAACUACGGUCAGAGAUAUGGUCUUUUGGGUCACAACGGUUCCGGAAAGUCGACGUUCUUGACUUCUUUGGCUCAGCGUGAUGUUCCUAUUCCCGAGAUUAUCGAUGUUUACCUCUUGAACUCCGAAGCUGAGCCAUCUGAUGUCAAUGCGUUGGACUACAUUGUUGCGUCUGCUAAGGCGAAGGCGGCGAAGCUCGAGAAGGAGAUUGACGAGCUUGCGGCGGAUCCGGAUGUCGAUGAGAUGUUGUUGCAGGACAAGUACGACGAGUUGGAUGAUUUGGACCCUAACACUAUGGAGGCUAAGGCUUCGAUGAUUUUGUCUGGUUUGGGCUUCACUGCGCCGAUGAUGGGGAAGGCUACUAAGGACAUGUCUGGUGGUUGGCGUAUGCGUGUCGCUCUUGCGAGAGCGUUGUUCAUCAAGCCUACUUUGCUUUUGCUCGAUGAGCCCACUAACCACUUGGAUUUGGAGGCCGUGGUGUGGUUGGAGGCUUACCUUUCCACCUACAACAAGAUCUUGGUCGUCAACUCUCACUCCCAGGAUUUCUUGAACACAGUCUGUACCAACAUCAUGGACUUGACUCUCGGGAAGAAGUUGGUCUACUACGGUGGUAACUACGAUGUUUACGUCAGGACGAAGGAGGAAUUGGAGGUCAACCACAUGAAGGCGUACAACAAGCAGCAGGAAGAAAUUGCCCAUAUCAAGAAGUUCAUUGCUUCCGCUGGUACAUAUGCCAACUUGGUCAGACAAGCCAAGUCUAAGCAGAAGAUUAUCGACAAGAUGGAGGCUGCCGGUUUGUUGGAGUCUAUCGUCACUCAGAAGCCCCUUUCCUUCAACUUCCCCGAGACCCGCAAGCUUCCUCCUCCGAUUAUCGCUUUCUCCGACGUUACUUUCUCUUACGACGGUUUGCCCAAGAACGCGCUUUACAAGGACUUGUCUUUUGGUAUCGACAUGGACUCCCGUAUUGCCCUUGUCGGAAAGAACGGUACUGGAAAGUCUACUUUGCUUCACUUGAUUACCGGACACUUGUCUCCUAUUGACGGUAACAUCACCCGUUACUCUGGUCUCAAGCUCGCCAAGUACUCUCAGCACUCUGCUGACCAGCUUCCCUUUGAAAAGUCUCCCUUGGACUACUUCCUCUCCCUGUACAAGGAGAAGUACCCCGAGAAGGAGUUGUCUUACUGGCGUUCUCAGCUUGGUCGUUACGGUAUCUCUGGUACCCACCAAACGUCCGAGAUUAGAACCUUGUCCGACGGUCUCAAGUCUCGUGUCGUUUUCGCUCAGUUGGCUAUGGAGAACCCUCACAUCAUCUUGCUCGACGAGCCUACUAACCACUUGGAUGUCCCAUCCAUUGAUGCGUUGGCUUCGGCAUGUAAGGCAUUCAACGGUGGUGUCGUGCUCGUUUCUCACGACUUCAGACUUAUCUCGCAGGUUGCCGAUGAGUUGUGGGAGGUCAAGGACAAGCAGGUGCAGCGUUUGGACAUGACUAUCCAGCAGUACAAGGAGUCGCUUAUGAAGGAGUCUUUCGCGUCUAUCGAGAAGGCUAAGCAGUUGGCGAGGACCUCGCAGUCGUCUUAA